GACUAGACUGCAAUUAGGUGAAACAAUCGAGUUAGUAUAUAAAGUCGCCGUAAUCCCAAAUCCAUCGCCUCAACCGAAAACCCUAGAUUUUUGUGACAUUCAAAAUGGUGAGGGAGGAGCAACCCAACAAGCUGCGAUGGGGGGAGCUAGACGAGGACGACGGCGAGGAUUUGGAUUUCUUGCUGCCUCCUAAACAGGUUAUCGGCCCCGACGAGAGCGGGAUUAAGAAGGUCAUUGAAUACAAGUUCACCGAUGAUGGAAACAAGGUUAAGGUUACCACCACCACGCGCAUCCGCAAGCUGGCCAACGCCCGCCUCAGCAAGCGCGCCGUCGAGCGCCGAUCCUGGCCUAAGUUCGGCGAUGCCGUGCACGAGGACGUCGGCAGCCGCCUCACUAUGGUGUCUACGGAGGAGAUCCUCCUUGAACGCCCCCGUGCUCCUGGUACAAAAUCAGAGGAAGCCAAGUCAUCUGGCGAUCCUCUAGCUCAAAUGAGUAAAGGAGGAGCUGUGCUCAUGGUAUGUAGGACUUGUGGGAAGAAGGGUGACCAUUGGACCUCUAGAUGUCCUUACAAGGAUCUUGCUCAACCAAGUGAGACCUUUGUUGAUAAGCCACCAACUGAAACUAAUCCUUCAGCAGGUGGUACAAAGGGCGCUUACGUUCCUCCUAGCAUGAGAGGUGGUGUGCCGGAGAGGAGCGGUACUGACAUGCGGCGUAGAAAUGAGGAAAACUCAGUCAGGGUUACCAACCUUUCCGAAGACACAAGAGAGCCCGACUUGCUUGAGCUUUUCCGUCCUUUUGGUUCAGUGAGCCGAGUUUAUGUUGCUAUUGAUCAGAAGACUGGGACAAGCAGAGGUUUUGGUUUUGUCAAUUUUGUGAACAGAGAAGACGCAGAGAGGGCCAUCAACAAGCUUAAUGGGUAUGGAUACGACAAUCUCAUCCUAAGAGUUGAAUGGGCUGCUCCUCGGGCGAACUAGUAUUCAAUAAAUUUGAUUUUACAUUUGCUUAUCUAAUGACCUUUUCUUGAACAAAACAUGGAUGCAUUCUCUCUUUUCAGGAGCUUGUCUGUAUUCUUUUUGAAAUUCGGUUUAAAUUAGAGUCGGUGGCUUUAAAUA